GAAAAAAUUGAAAAACCAUUUACUACUUGUUUUCUCGCAAUUUAUCUUCUAGGAAAAAUAUAAAAAAGCCAGUUGGACCGCUUGGACUCUUUAAAAUUUUCUCUCUGUUUUGGUUUGAAGAUGAAAUACAGUUGUAAAAACCUUGAUUUAGAAUUUAGAUCGUGUCUUAUCAACCGCAUAACACUUUCACCUUUUCCCCCUUGUUCUUCGUUAACUGCUGGGGAUAAUGGAGAAUUUCCAUGGACAAAAACCACUAUUUUGAUUAAUCACACUACAGUUCUACACAUUUUCUUUUCUUUUUCCUUCUUUAUUAUAUGCUAAAGUUGACAUUUUUAUAGCAUUUUUGGAUUCGUUCAAGAUUUUGAAUUUCUACCAUACUCAUUGCUGUUUGGCAAUUUUGCUUCCACCCCACUUUCCAGAACUGCCCACCUAGGCAUUUUUUGCCCCCAUCAUUCCACUCUCCACCCAACUUCUUCCUUUCCUUUACUUCCUUCUCCUGCCUUUACCAAUUCUUCCAUUGAGUAGUAGCACAAAGUACCUUGCUUUCUCAGUACCCCUCGUCUUCUUUUUUUGGCAAUUAAUCAAAUCUGCAAGAAAGGAUUUUUUUUUGCUUGGUUUUUUGCUUGAUUAGCAGCAACCCAUUUCUGUUUGCUCCAUUGAUAAGUAAAGUAGCUUAAGACAAAGCCAUGAUUCAGAGAGAACUGGGUCAUGAUUAUUGCUGUUGUUUUGAGAAACUUAGCUUGCACCCCACAGUUUGUCACUCUGUUUUGUCCUCUUGUACUUAACUGUCCAUCCUUGUGCCAAAUAAGCAUAUGGGUUCUGCUGAUUUGUGCUUGUAGUUUCUCUGCUUUAUAAAUGUUUCUUAGACCCUUCUGCUCAAGAAUUUCAAAGAGAUGGUCUUUAUGGAUUUUUUCAAGAAAAUCAAGUGCUUGCGGCUGUUUGAGCCCUCUUUGGCGAUUAUGGGGUUUCUUGUAGUUGCGGGUUGUGUGAUUUUUAGUUUCUUUUUGUUGGAUUAUAAAGCUGUGAUUAAAGGGUCGAGAUUUUUGGGACAGUCUGAUAGGCCAUUGCGGUGGAAAUUGGACGAACCUGGUGUUGAGAAGAGAAUUAGGAAAAUAGAUUUCCUAAGUGAUGAGGGUAGCAGAUGUAAUGUGUUUGAAGGGGAUUGGGUUUGGGAUGAUUCUUAUCCAUUGUAUCAAUCCAAAGAUUGCAGUUUAUUAGAUGAAGGAUUCAGGUGCUCUGAAAAUGGUAGGCCAGAUUCCUUCUAUACAAAGUGGCGGUGGCAACCGAAAGACUGUGAAUUGCCCAGGUAAAUCAUUCUGUAAUUUCCAUUUUUAGGUCCUUUAUUUAUGCUGAAAAUUUCAUCGUUUCAUAUGGAAAUUCAUUGCUUUUAACCUGGUAAAUUAGUUGAAUUUGAAGAGUAUUAGAUUUUCUGAUGCCAUGUAUGUUGCAGUGUGAUUUGAGUUCUGUACUUAUGUGUGUUUGGAGCAGAAUUUUGGUCUUUGGCGAAGGCUGAAUUGUCUUUUGGGGGCCAAAAUAUGAUUAUUGAUUGUAGGGACAUUGCAGCACGGGUUUCUUGAUGCUUGAUUGAGAUUUUUAUUUUCUUUGACUUUUCCUCCGUUUUUCACUGAUGGCUAACAAUGGCCACAUAUGACAUGAUAAGUGAAAGUGAGAAGAAAAUGACCUUUUACUUAAUUUUUUGUUGCUUGUUCCGCCACUUAAAAAGGUGGAUUUUCGUGGAUGCUCUGAUUGUGAAAGUUGUGAUCUUGUUUAAUUUGAGAAAGGCAAGUGAAUUAGGUUCUUUUUUGUACAUAAAUUGUGUUUUAAGCAUGUUAAAAGGCUUUAUGGAUGACCUCUUUUCUUCUAACUGUCUUAAUUUUUGGGAAGAAGUUGGUUGAAGGUUACCUGAAAUUCAUAUUCAUACUAUCUAAUCAAUGGUUAAAAUGAAAGAAUAGACUCUGUUUAGAAAAAGUGCCUCUAUAUUAUUUGUCUGAAUUUUUUUGGUUUCCAGUUCUAAUAUUGGACUUCCGGAAAGUGUUGUGUGGAGUGCUACUGUAGUUUGUCACUAUCAUAUGAUUUCUUUUUUAUUUAAAAAAGAAAAAAGGUAUUGGUUAAUGAUCUCUUCUACCCCUCAAACAUACAGGUUUGAUGCCAAGAUUAUGUUGGAAAAAUUGCGGAACAAAAGGCUGGUAUUUGCAGGAGAUUCCAUUGGAAGAAACCAGUGGGAGUCGCUUCUUUGUAUGCUUUCUUCGGUUGUUCCCCACAAGGAUUCAAUUUAUGAAGUAAAUGGCAAUCCCAUUACAAAACACAAAGGAUUCUUGGUCUUCAAGUUUAAAGAUUAUAAUUGCACUGUAGAGUACUACAGGGCUCCCUUUCUGGUUCUACAGAGCAGACCGCCUGGUGGAGUUGCAUCAAAAGUUAGAACUACAUUGAAGUUAGACCAAAUGGAUUGGAGUUCUUGGAAAUGGAGAGACGCUGAUCUGAUUGUUUUCAACACAGGGCACUGGUGGAAUAAUGAGAAGACAACUAGAGGGGGAUGUUACUUCCAAGAAGGUUCAGAAGUAAAGAUGAAUAUGACAGUGGAGGCUGCAUAUAAGAGGUCAUUGCAGACUGUUCUGAACUGGAUCCAUCGUGAAGUGAAUACUAGUAAAACACAAGUUUUCUUCCGCACAUAUGCUCCAGUGCAUUUCAGGGGUGGAGACUGGAACAAUGGGGGACACUGUCACUUGGAAACACUUCCAGAGCUAGGAUCUUCAUUGGUGCCGUCCAACACCUGGGACAAAUAUGACAUCUUCAGGAAUGUCUUCUUGGCUUACUCAAAUAAGUCAGAUGUCGAAGUGCUCAAUGUCACCAACAUGACUUCAAGGAGAAAAGAUGGCCAUUCAUCUUUGUAUUACUUAGGUCCUGUUGUUGGCCCUGCUCCUGUAAAUCGGCAAGACUGCAGCCAUUGGUGUCUGCCUGGCGUCCCAGAUGCUUGGAAUGAACUGCUUUACGCUGUCCUCCUUAAACGUGAGAAUCUACAACUCGGUAACCUUACGACAAUCAACAGACAUGAAUUUUAGCCAGUGUACAUUAUUUCUUUGGCAAUUGGAAACAGUUUAAUUUUCCAAGCGCCUAAAAGAGAUGGAAUUCUUCUGUACAAAUGAACAGAAACCAAAGAGGACGACGAGAACUCUCUGAAUUCUCUUGACCUUCUUCUGGUUUCAGGGAAAGGUAACCUUAUAGGGGACAAAAGGUAUAGAAAUAGAAUGUACUCAUUUUGUGGUUUUUUGGAUCAUCUAAAAGUACAGGUUAGAAGGGAAGGCAUUAGUAUAGGUUAAAGGAUCAAGUUGUUAAUAAACCUUUGAUUCUUCUGUAUCAAUCUUGUGCAAUUUUAUUGGUGCCACCAGCAUUUUUUGAACUUUUCUUGAUUCAGAAUUCAGAAUGCUGAAACGUUAUGACCUCAUUUGCAUCUUCAUGAAAUCCUUGGAAGCCAUUCCAUCAAUCAUCAUCCAUUUCUCCCUUUCUUGAUCUGUAAUCAUCUCUUCAAUUUCAAGGAAGAAGACUCAAAUGGAGAUAUCUGAUUAGAGUUAGGAAUGACAUGAAGUAUUUAUAUUUACGAUUAAAGAUGUAUUAACCGAGUACGAUGACGACAUAUAAUUCACGUGUCACAAUUUCAAAUUUAUUUAAUUUAAUGUCGAAUUGUGACUACUUUUAUUCACAAAAUCAGGUGUGCCACGUAGGUAAGUCCUGAUUAAUACUUUUUCCGUCCUAAAAUUAUUAUUUAGUUUAGAUUUUCACUUUUAGUUCAAUUUGUAUUAAAACUGAAAUCCAAACAGGAC